CAGCUGGCAGAUCCCAGGCCGCAGUGAUUUGGUAGCCGCUGCAGUAGGAGGAAGGACCGCGGUUCUACCCCUUCUAUCUUUCAGUUUCGUCUCGAAAUUCUAUCGGUGGUUCCUUAUUGUAACGAUCGGUAAAUUGAGUGUACAGCAACGGUGUUCUAUGAAAACUAAGUCGUAGUAUUACCAACGGACAGUGAUACCAAUCGCCAUUUUAAUCGCACGUUUUCCCUGACAGAAGCGCUAGCACAACAAUGGCUCUGAAAAGAAUUCACAAGGAGUUGAACGACUUGGCACGGGACCCACCAGCCCAGUGUUCUGCAGGACCAGUAGGAGAUGACAUGUUUCACUGGCAAGCCACGAUAAUGGGACCUAAUGACAGUCCUUACCAGAGCGGGGUUUUCUUCUUGACCAUACACUUCCCCACAGACUACCCCUUCAAACCGCCAAAGGUUGCAUUUACCACGAGAAUCUACCACCCAAAUAUCAACAGCAACGGCAGCAUUUGUCUUGACAUUCUGCGAUCACAGUGGUCUCCGGCUCUCACCAUCUCCAAAGUCCUCCUGUCCAUCUGCUCUCUGCUGUGUGACCCAAACCCGGAUGACCCCUUAGUACCCGAGAUCGCCCGCAUCUACAAGACGGACAGGGAAAAGUACAACAAAAUAGCUCGGGAAUGGACACAAAAGUAUGCAAUGUAGUGUUGGGAUAGAAUCAUGGCCAACCACCUCUACGACAUAAGGUUAGGGGAGCUUCAGACGUAAAGAGAAAACAAACAAAAAACCAUUCAAACAAAUGAGAAGUUUAAAACAAGAUCUUGUUGGUUUCCAUUGGAGUGCUUUCUUUGAGCCACCCCUCCCCUUCACCAGAGUACCUGUAAAACUCCCUCUGCCCCUCCUCUCUCGCUCGCUCGCUCUCGCUCUCUCUCUCUCUCUCUCUCUCUCUCUCUCUCUCUCUCUCUCUCUCUCUCUCUCUCUUUUUCCUCUUCUUCCUCUCCCUGUUUGACUCUCCUUUUCCUCUCCUCUCAGCUCACCUGCCCACCCUCCAGUGUACAUAUUGUCAACUUGCAAUGGCAACACCCAUCUGUCCCUACUCCCUUUUUCACCUCCUCCCUCCCCUGUGACCUCUGGCCCUAUCUCCUGACUCCAGUAUUCCGUUACAGUUUGUCACCGUGCAGGUUGGGCUGUCGCACCCCCUAACCCCUCCCCCUCUCCCAACUCCUCCUUUUUCCUAUACACACCUGCAUCCUACCUUCCCCCGACGGUAAUCACGUAACGCAUUCCUUUUGAGCAUCUGUAAAACUUUUGAGGGGACCUUCUUUUUUUCUUCUUUAUUUCCCUAUUUGUUUAGGGGAGUGGGGGACAAUAAGAUGGAGGGACUUUUACACUCUGCACCCUUUCUUGUUUUGUUGUCAUAUAAUUCCCAUCCGUAGAGGUGACAAUUCAAGAAAGCAGUUUGUUUUCGCACGCGAGUCAGAGGACACUCUGUAUUUUAUACAAUGAAUACUCAAAAGAAAUCAUUGCAGGCUAUGUUAAAAUGGAACCAAUACACAUAGCCUAUUUUUGUCUUCUGUUGGAUUCUAUGAAAGGACUUGAAUUUAUCCCCACACUUCCUGCUCCUAACUCCUGCCCCACCCAAGUUGACCCCUUUGUACACACACACACACACACACACACACACACACACACACAGACACACAGACACACAUGCACGCACAAUUGUAAACCCAUGUCACCACCACCAACCAACUUUUCUUCAUUCACAAAGUGGAGGUUCUGGUCUGGACCAGGUAUUUAAGCAAUUUAUUUUUCUUAGUUUAACCUGUGUUUUCAUCCCCCCCCCCCCCUCCCCAUAACUCUUUAGGUUGCAUUUUUUUUUUCCUUUUUUUGUUUUUUGUUUUUUUUGCUAUUGUUAAAUUAGAGGCUAACAUCUUAAAUGGCUAUGGGACUGGCUUGGGCUCUGGGUGCGAGAAGAACCCACUCUUCUCGCACAAAACCUCUGUAUAUUGAAUUACCUGAGAGGCUCGUUGAGCUUUGUGUGUUGAUUAAACUGUGUAAUAAAAACCCCAUGAUUCCUG